AUGGCAGAAAUCGGAUACUUCUCCAAUUCCUACAACUAUGCUCGUUUUCGAGAUACGCGGAGUGAGGACGAGAUACUAGCGGAUGCGAGGGAAAGGAUUAGAGUGAAGAAUGAGGAAUUUAUCCGCCAGCGGGAUGCGAAGAGGAGAGCCGAAGCGGAAGCACUGGCAGAGACUGAGGCUCAGGCUGAAGGUAAAGCGGAAGCAGGGACGGAGACGGAGGCUGAAGGUAAAGUGGAAGCAGGGACGGAGGCUGAAGGUAAAGUGGAAGCAGAGACGGAGGCUGAAGGUAAAGCUGAACUUGGGCGGGUAGAACUUCGAGAAGGAGUAGAGGUACUAGUAAAGCUUCGAGGAGGAGUAGAGGUACUAGUAGAGCUCCGAGAAGGAGUAGAGGUAGAAGUUCGAGCAGAAAGAUUGGGUUCGGAUACGGCGAAAGGACGCGGGGAUGUGUUGAAGUCACGGUGUCGCAGCUGUGGCUCGACUUGGGUUGAGAGGGAGAUUGGCGGUGGUGGAGAGAGGCGAGGCGGUAGAAGAACAGCGGACUCGGGAGGCGGUUCAACCAGCCCAGGUUGCGGCCGUCGUCCGAGUCUGUGGUACUUGUAG